GCAGCUCCAAAAGGGCAAGUCUUGUGUGGUGUUCCCGAUAUGCAGUGGUUAGUACCUACCAAAAGUGGUACAAGUAAGGAGAAGUGGUGUCAGUUUCAUGGGUACCCAAGACUCAUUGAUGCACUUGGGAGCAAAGUUUAUGAAAUCCAGUGUAAAUCUCACCCAAAGCCUUCAUGUGGAUAUCCUCCAUCCCAAUGGUGCAGGUCUCUGGAGAUCGCCAUAGAAUGUGGGGUGCAGAAACAAUGUAUGGAACUGAAUGCGACCCGGCCAGACCCAAUGGUUUCUCCUGUAGAGAUCUCUCUCUACUACGAGAGCUUGUGUCCUGGCUGUAGAGCGUUCCUAACAGAACAACUUUUCCCAACUUGGACUUUACUGAAAGAUAUAAUGAAAGUCAACCUGGUGCCUUUCGGCAAUGCUGAGGAACUUCCUGAAGAGAAUUCAUUCUCAUGUCAACAUGGAGAACCAGAGUGCUACGCUAAUAUGGUUGAGGCAUGUGUGUUGUAUGCAGCCAGUCAUGCAGCAUUUCCUGUCAUUUACUGCAUGGAGUCAUCUGCAGAUGUAGUAAAAUCCGCUAAGCCUUGUUUGGAGCUCUAUGCGCCAUUUGUUAAAUGGGGGACCAUAGAGUCAUGUACCAAAGGAGAACUUGGCCGCAGUUUGAUGCAUCAGAAUGCAGUGAAAACGCAAGCGCUCAAACCUGCACAUACUCAUGUGCCCUGGAUCACCAUCAAUGGGGAAUACACUAGUGAAUGGGAAGAUAAGGCUAUGUCCACUCUCUUCAACCUUGUAUGCAGCUUGUACAAAGGAAUCGUGCCACCAGUCUGCACUGGAGCCCUAAAAAAACUUGACCGAAGCUUUUGCUAGUUGAAAGGAGGAGUGUUACACAAUACAGAUUUAUAUUGCCUAUAUGAUGCUUUUUCUGUUUGUGUGUUUGAGGUCAAAUAAAAUAUUAUAAUGUUGACAAUCUGAA